UGUUUGGCCUCAAUUAGAUUUGUGACAUUCCUUCAGAGAUGUUGUUUUUAGGAAUCCUUCUUCACAUCAGUUUAUUUCAUGUAUCAAUGUCAGAAGUGGCACCUUGCAAUAUUUCCAAACCAAUAGGUGCCAAUGUCCUCAUCCCUUUGCCAUACAAAGGCCUGACAGCUGAUGCUCAUUUAAAAUGGAUGCAUGGAAAAGAAAGAGUGUUCUAUAGCAAAGGAGGUGAAAUAAAAGACGAAAAGCGCAAAAUUAAAUUUGAUGGAUCACUUAAAUUAGACAAUAUCAAGUCAUCUGAUUCUGGGACAUAUGAAGCCACAGUCCAUGAUAGCAAGGGAGCCCAUGUUCACUUCUCAUCCCAGCGUCUUUGUGUCCUUGAAUCGGUGAAGACACCUGAGGUGAAGUACAGCUGCGCUGGACAAUGGCCUGUACUGACAUGCACACGUGGAGGUCCAGAAGUGAAUGUCAUUUGGUACAGGAACAACCAAGAGAUAGGACAGAGACAGCAAACACUGACUCUGACCGCAGACCUGUUCAAGGCUGGAGACAGAUACUCUUGCACGGUCAAGAAUCAAGUCAGUGAGAAGAAGAGCAGUGAGGUCAAACCUGUGUGCUCAGGUAAAAUACAGGUGAACACACCCACUGUGACUUUCAGGUGUGACAAAGGCACCAUGCAGAUGACAUGCGUGAAUUCCACUGGGAUGGUUUUCUCAUGGAACCGCAAUGGUCAGAAGCUGGUCGGAAAAGAUAACACAAUUCUGAACUUACCCGAGGCAGAGUUCAAGUCUAAUCACACUUAUUCGUGUGUCAUUAAAAAUGGAACCACUGUGAUUCAAAGUAAAAAUGUGCAGCCUUCUUGCAAAGUUGCAGAGCAGUCAAAGUGGCCUAACAUGGACCUAUGGCUGAUGGUGACGAUUUUGGCUGGAGGAGGACUGGUGGUUGUCUUAAUCAUCCUCAGUAUUGUGUGCUGCCUUUGCAAAUGUAAAAAGAGUCAAGAGAAAGAAAAGGAACUGAGACUGGCCAACCUGACUCAUUCGCCUGACAAUCAAUCUGAGGAGACUCCCCUCAAAAGGCCACGUAGGGAAAGAGGGCCCCUCCCUGAAGUCCCUAAACCUCGUGUGAGGCCUGCUCAACUCCACAACAGUGGCCAACCCGGGCCUGACAUGGUAAAGAACAGCCAAUACAUGCACAUGGUGGAAUUCCCUGUGGACCGUUAAAAGAAAAUGCAUUUUUAUCAACUGACAUACUUUUGUUGGAUAUAUUGUUUGAAUACAUUGAUACAUGUUGUCCUCAUUUUGAAUAUGUAUAUUUUCUGUCAUU